AUGUCGGGAUCGCCGAAAGAGACUCCGUUGACGGAUGAGGAGUGCGACAUCCUCGACCUGCCUCGAGGAACCAAGUUGGUCGGGGAGAUGAGUGACAUCAUGAAGGCAAAGCUCGACGGAAGCAAGACGGGAACUUACGAGAAAACGAACCAACUUAGAUACUUUCAAAACGAGAAGUUCCGCAAGGAAAACUAUUUUGGCAAGCAGAAACUGGUGGUGAACGCUAAACGCAUGGCGGCGAAGGUGCGCAGAGCAGAAAUCGAAGCCAGGAUGGACGCUGGGUAUACGUAUGAGCAAGCAGUUGCAGAGGUGGAUGCAAUCAUUCAGGCGUCCAACGAAGGGCUCGAGCCUCCCCCAGUGGCUCCUCCGCAAGGCGCAAAGCCUGUCGAUUCGGUGUUGAGAGAACUUUUCGCAACCAUCGAUCGGGACUCGAGCGGAUACAUCACAGCCGGAGAGAUUGCUUCUGCCUUCACCAAGCUCCGAGGUCAAGAUGCGGAUCAGAAUCAAGUCCUUCAGGAUACCUAUGCGGUCUUGACGGCCAUGGACAUAGACAUGAACGGGUAUGUCGACUACGAGGAGUUCAAGGAAGCAGCAGAGCUGUUUGUCGAGACAGCUUCAGGUACACAGCCUGUGAGGAAGCAGAAGCAGGGGAUGAGCCAAGCUUUCGGGUGGUUGUCAAACAUCUUCAAGAAGUGA